CCCGCCCCGCCCGCCGGCUCCCCGGCCCCCGCCCCCGCGGGUCCCGGGCCCCGGGGUGGGGGGGGCGCGGCGGGGGCAGGCACAGCCCCCCGCCCCCAUGGCCGCCCGUCGGAGCCAGAGGCGGAGGGGGCGCCGGGGGGAGCCGGGCACCGCCCUGCUGGCGCCGCUCGCGCUGGGCCUGGGCCUGGCGCUGGCCUGCCUCGGCCUCCUGCUGGCCGCCGCCAGCCUGGGCAGCCGGGCACCGCCGCCCGCCCAGCAGGAGCCUUCCCAGGGGGAGCUGGUGGCGGAGGAGGACCCGGACCCGCCGGAACUGAAUCCCCAGACAGAGGAAAGCCAGGAUCCCGGGCCUUUCCUGAAGAGGCUUGUUCGGCCUCGCAGAAGUGCACCUAAAGGCCGGAAAACACGGGGCCGCAGAGCAGUGGCCGCUCACUAUGAAGUUCACCCACGACCGGGACAGGAUGGCGCACAGGCCGGUGUGGAUGGGACCGUGAGCGGCUGGGAGGAGGCCAGAAUCAACAGCUCCAACCCGCUGCGCUAUGACCGCCAGAGCGGGGAGUUCCUCGUGGUGCGGGCCGGGCUGUAUUACCUGUACUGCCAGGUGCACUUCGACGAGGGGAAGGCGGUCUACUUGAAGCUGGACUUGCUGGUGGAUGACGCGCUGGCCCUGCGCUGCCUGGAGGAGUUCUCGGCCACGGCCGCCAGUUCCCUGGGGCCCCAGCUCCGCCUCUGCCAGGUGUCUGGGCUGCUGCCCCUGCGGCCUGGGUCCUCUCUGCGGAUCCGCACCCUCCCCUGGGCCCAUCUCAAGGCCGCCCCCUUCCUCACCUACUUUGGACUCUUCCAGGUGCACUGAGGGGCCCUGGUGGGGCCCCCACCGUGGCUCUCAGUGCCCCCCUCCACCGUACUCCCCCCUCCGC